CGACUCCCAGUCAAUGUCAGCUGAGAUUGGCCCCAGCUCCCAUAAAGACGAAUGAAUGGAAACGUGUGCUUUGCAAAUGUAUGUGUUUAAUUUAUAUAUUUUUGUUGUAUGUGUUUGUUGCAGAACUGUGGUUUAGGGGGUCCAGAUGGCUGGCACCAGGGGCCCGGCCUGCACUGGGGUCUGGCUCUAGAGUCCACAGGGGCUCCUACUUCAACUGGACACAUUCCACAGGACGUGUGCCCAUGAGGUCGUCACCACUGGUCCUGCUCCUCCUGAUUGGCGUCCAGGCUGCACUGAACAUGGGAGGUGGAUUGGCCCGCGGUGCCGGGGCUGCCAACCACAAAGCCGGACAGCAGACGGCAGCUAAUCACAGAGCAGGACAGCAUUCUUCACAGGAGCAUCACAGGACCAGCCACCACAGGACCAAGAAGCACCAUCGAGCAGCCUCACACACCCAGGACAGAAGCCUAGCCGCCAAGCACUCGACAUCUCCUGACCCCUCCAUCCCGAUGGUGGACCCCAAGCUAUUCUCCAAGAGACAUUACCGCUCCUCACCACGCGUUGUCUUCAGCGAGGUUCCCCCGUCACAUGAUGCCCUAGAGGGUGAGGACUAUGACAACGAAGGGCUAAGGGGGGUAAGGGUAAGACGUAGAGCAGGAUCGCACACCAUGCACCGAGGGGAGUACUCAGUAUGUGACAGCAUAAAUACCUGGGUGGGCAACAUGACACAAGCCACAGACAUAGCUGGAAACGAGGUGACAGUACUGCCCAACGUUACAAUCAACAAUGUGGUGAAGAAACAGUUUUUCUACGAGACCACCUGCCGAUAUCCAACGCACAGAGGCUCCGGAAAUGCACAUGGAGGACGGCCGGGGGGGCGGGGCAGCAAACAGGGCACCAAACCCGGCAACUCAGGCUGUCUUGGCAUUGAUAAUCGCCACUGGAACUCCUACUGCACCAACACGCACAUAUUCGUAAGUGCCCUGACCAUCUUCAAGGAACGGACAGCCUGGCGUUUCAUCCGCAUCAAUGCAGCAUGUGUGUGUGUCCUCAGUCGGAAGUCUUGGGGGGGACGACUGGGACACUGACUAGGGAGGACAACUCUUGACCACUCAACUACAAACCAAGCACACGUUUCUUGUAAGCAGCCACUGCAGAUUUAUUGCCAAUACUGUAUUCCUCUCCCCCACCUACACACACACACACACACAGUUUCAUCUAUCCAAUGUCUUGGCCCCUGACCCUACCUCAGUCUGAGAAGUCCUGGUUGUUUUUAAAUUAUAUGGACUGCAUGUCAUAUUAUAUUUAUGGUUUAUACAGUCAAAUAUGAAUAUAUAUGUAUAUAUAUAUAUAUA